UCAAGGUUAAGCUCAAAAGCAAAACCUUUCUUCUCGGCAUCUCCUCCACCCAGUUCCUUGUGACACCCAAGGUAACUCUACCGGUACAACGAUGGCGACUUCUCUCCUCUUCCACCGAGCCCCACUUUUCCUUUCAAAUCCUAACACUAACCACCACUCUCACCGCUACACCCCCCUCUCUCUCCACCUCAAAAACAAACCCCUCAAAGCUUCCCUUCAAACUCCCCAAAUCCCAACUCAUUCCCCCUUACUCACCGACUCAACGCGUACUGUCACCACAAUUUUGUCUCUGACAUUCUCUCUAUCCGGGUUGUUCGCCAAAUCCAUCCAAAACUUUGCUCUCUCUCUAAUACCCAACCCACAGAACCUCCUCUCUUUACAAUCUUUGCAAAAUAACGUGGUUCAUGCGGCGGGCCCCUUGUUUUUCGCGGCCACUCGUGACCGUCCUACCGGGUACCUGAACACGCCGCUGACAGUUGUCGCUGCCGGAUUGGCCAAGUGGCUAGAUAUAUACAGUGGGGUUUUGAUGGUUAGGGUUUUGCUGAGUUGGUUCCCGAACAUUCCGUGGGACCGCCAACCGCUUUCGGCGAUUCGGGACUUAUGUGAUCCUUAUUUGAAUUUGUUUCGGAAUAUAAUUCCUCCGAUUUUCGAUACAUUGGAUGUUAGCCCGUUGUUAGCUUUUGCCGUUUUGGGAACGCUCGGCUCCAUUCUGAAUAGCAGUAGAGGAAUGUAUUGAGGUGGAUUAAUGGGUGAUGCUGAACUAAAGUAAGGAAUAAUAUUUUGUUUUUGGUUUUUAUGUUUUUUCGGAUAAGUCUUAAUUGUAGUUUUUCUGAUAUUGUUCAAUUCGUUGAGAUAUAUAAAUUUUGUAAGCUUGUUGAAUUAUAUGUUCGUUGACUGAGAUUAUUUUUUUUUUCUUUUGUGGAGAUU